AUGACUUACGGUAACGGUUACGACGUCCCCGUCUACGGACUGGACAAUGGUGGAUUUCAUCUUCUCCACAUUCUGGCGAUAUGCUUUAUAUUCUUAAGCUUUAUAUCAGCCGUUACAGUAGUUAUAUUUUCAUUUAAACAAAACGGCGUUAAAAGUUUCUUCACCUGGACAAAAAGCGAACGACUUGUGGUGUAUUUGGCUUUGUGUGACGGAUGCUUCAAUAUUUCUCAUUCCCUUGACCAUUUCAACAUACUGUUGACCAAGGAUCAUGUUCGGCCAUUGGCGCUUUGCCAGUUUUAUAGUUUUGUUAAUCUGGAGUUUAUUUUCGCGCAGACCCUGAUGGUUAAUGUUAUCGCCAUUAAUGCAUUUCUCAUGAUAUACUUCGGAAAGAACCUAGACUUUGGUCGGAAGGAUUGGAGACUUUUGGUUUGGGGAUUUAUCACGCCUCUCAUAGUGGCCAUUGUCUGUGUGGCCACUGGACAAUUCGGACCAACUGGAGCAUAUUGUUUCUUUGAUGCAGUCAACGCAAAGAUCAGCAACAUGUUUCUCACAACCAUUGCGAUGAGCCUUAUUCUGGUAGCUAAUGCAGUUCUGUACGGCCUGAUAUUCUGCCGAAUCCAGUCCGAAGCCAAACGUUUGCAACACUCACUUGGAGCUUCUAGCAGUGCCUCACGAGCGUCACAUCGUGCAGCCCGAAACAUGAUCCUAUUCCUUCUAGCGUUUUUCGUGCAAUGGUGGGCUGCUACAGCAUUUGGGAUAUGGCUUUUGUUUCAGGAGCCACCGAUGUUCUUAUCUCAAAUGGUGACCACAUUUUCAAAUAUUGGUGGAGUAUUAAAUGGUGUAACAUACGCCAUUAUCAGACGCAGACAGAUUGCAGUAAAACCUGAAGACAAAGGCACUUCUCAUCAAGCCAGAUCUACUGCCUAG